AUGGGGUGCGACGGCCAAGGCAAUCUCAGCGACCAAGACUUCAGCAAGCCGUUGCCUUGGAUAGGUGUCUACGUAGCUGCAGCUUCACUUAUCUGCGGAGUUGCCAUGUUCUCCGAUCUUCUCCACGGCUUCCGCCACCGCAAGUUCUGGUUUCCCUGCAAGUUCUUCUCUCUCAACGCCACCACUCUCACCUUCAUCACCAUCUGCGUCAAACUCUCCGUGGAUCUCAACACCUGCAUGCCUAGUCGCCAGGAUCAGCUCGCUAAACUCAGCAGCAGCGUCUUAGUCUGCACCGUCAUGGCUAACUCCAUGCCUUCUCUUGGUGUCAUGGUCAACCAAGACCUCCUCAUGAACCUCAUGGCUUUAGGGAUUCUUGUCAUCACCGACCUCGUCAACAUCUGUAUCCAACUGGGUACAGGUGCCAUCUACGUUUUCCCUCAAGAACACGCUCUCGUCAUCGUUCUAACGCUUCUCAUGUUUGUGAUCUUGAGCUUCUCCGCUAUCACAGUCCCCGCCACAAAACGUUUCUUGGAGCUCAAGUACAAGAAGAGUUACGAGUUGGCUUUGAAGCAGUGUCCUUUGUAUCAGACAGAGAGAAGAGGAGGCGUCUCUGAGCUUAAAGAAAAUCUGGUCAAGUUCUGGAUGAUGGCUCACACUUGUAGCCCACAGUUCGUCAUGGCUCGCUCUGUCACUUGCACCACCUCUGGCUUCCUCUGUUUCCUAAGUGCCGUCACGUUGGCUGAAGCCAUGGUCCGGUCUUACUUCCUACAACCACGAUCACUUGGGUUCUGUAAUGGAGACUCUGAUUACAAAUGGUCAACCACUCUGGUUCUUGUCUCUCAGGCUGCUACCAUAGCCAUUGGGACGGUUGCUCCAGCGAGCAGAUGGUUUAGUGCAGUGAACUUGAGGUGUUCGUCAGGAGGAAACAUAUCUCUGAGACAAGACUUGAGAGUAGAGAGUUACUGGGUAGAGAGUCUCUCCGAGAAGAAAGAACAUCCCUUGAACCAAUGGAUGCUCCAUGGUCGCCGGAGCAGGAAGCUUGCACACGACUUAAACCGAUGGAUAAUUGAUCUCUGCAUCGCAACACAGUAUGGGAUAGUCUUGGCAAGCAAGUUCCUCCGUUUCAUCGCCGUCUACUGUGUGAGUAGGAUCUUGCUAUGUUGCUACUUCACUUUCAGGAUCUCAAACGCUGACUCUUCGGUGCCAAACUCAUCAACGAGACAGUUUGUUCUGCAUCUUGAAGGAGAGGAGGAGCUGGUGGAUUUCAUGGCACGGAGCAACCGUGAGGCCACAAACCACUUGAUACAAAAGGGUCGCAAGAAACAGCCUGUAAACUUGAUAGAGCUCUUGGAGGCAACAAAUCCCAUCUCAAAAGGCUUUGAAGGGAUUAGAGAUUUUGACAGCGACGAGGUUGCUUCUCUAGCCUCUGGAGAGCCACCUAAUUCAUGGGCCCUUCCAUUAGUAACGCUGACGAGCAUCGCUGUUGCUCUUCCCAACAUAAAGCCUUGCUCUCUCAAGAAGCUAGUGAAGGCUGUAAACGAGGCUUUAGUCUAUGUCAAAAAGUUCGAAGAGGUCUUAGACAUUGAAGGAGAGUUAGUUAACAGCAGGAAAGCCGCAGAGGUGGUUUGGUUAGGAGUUGAUCUAUACCAUAAGUGGCUCAACGUGGAUCUUCGAAAACUAUCCAAGCAACAGAGAACAAGACCGCAAGAAGUUUUUCAAGAACUGGUGGAGAUAGCGAAGAAAGAGUUUAACGAGUCGUGGGAGAAGAACCUGAUGCAGAAGCCCUCGCGCUGGCCCAUCAAGACGCAAGCAGCAAAUUCCAUGUACCGAAUCAGCCAAACCCUUUGGAAGAAGUACGAGUCAAGAAACGUCGGAAGAGAGGAGGAGACUCUGUUGAGAGAGGUGGAGAGGAUGGUGUCGGACAUAGUAGCGGGAUGCUUUUGCAACACGGCAAGAGUGGUGGGGAUGAAGUGUUUGGUGACGGCGGUGGAAGUGAGGGAAGCGUCGGUGAGAGAAGCGGCGAUGCAUCUGGGGAGAACGGAGAAGAUACUUGAGAUCGUGGACAGGAGAUGCAUACCUGCUUUGUCUCACCUCAAAGUGGCUGACAUGGAUGGAUGGAGAGAGUUUUAUAGGACCAACCAACGAAUCUCUUCCACUACACAUCCUUCGUCUCAGUGUACCACACGUCAGCUCAUUCUCACCAUAGAGUAG